AUGACGAUUAGUGCUGACUCUCAGGCAAAGAAGAGCAAGAUGCUCGAUGGGCUCGAUAUCAAGGACAUCAUACAAGGUGAUGAGCAAGACGGCGCAGGAAACGGCGGCAGCAGACGCGUACACAGGCCGCGCGAUGGGAAUGGGCCGGACUACCGCAUACACAAACCCAUGGCGGCGGUAGGGUGGCUACAGGGACGGAUUCCGUCGGAUGUGGCGGAGUGGGGGCGGUGGAACGCACACGUAGAUUUUCCGGAUGGCACGAAGAACAAGGUGAGGAUACGAUACGACCCGCGCAAGCUGUACGACUUCCGGCGGGUGCUGCGGGCGUCGGCGGCGGAGACGGGGCCACCGCCGCACCUGGACUUUGAGAUCUACGAGACCGAGAAUCUGCUGAACAUGCUGGACAACGAGUCGUACCCGUACCGCGGGGCGAUUGCCAACAAGAAGGACUACUCGACCAGCAAGACGACGCCGACGCUGCGCGAUCGCCAGUUUUUUCAGAAGCUGCUGUUUCAGAGCGCGAACGCGGCGCGCACCAACGGGAACACGUUACUAUCUUUCACAGAGGAAGAGCCCAAAGGCAGGCCGAGCAAGGCCGAGCGGGCGCACAAGGUUUCGUACAUCUAUUUCAAUGACCACGAGAUCAAAACGUGGUAUACAGCGCCGUAUCCUGAAGAAUAUAGCAAAAACAGAAUUCUCUACAUUUGCGAUUCGUGUCUGAAGUACAUGAACUCGAAAUAUAUAUACUACCGACACAAGCUGAAAUGUUCGAUGAUGCACCCACCUGGCAAUGAAAUCUACAGGGAUGGCAAAAUCUCGAUAUGGGAGAUCGACGGCCGGGAACAGGUAAUAUAUUGCCAGAACUUGUGUUUACUUGCCAAGCUUUUCUUGAACUCCAAGACGCUUUACUAUGAUGUCGAGCCGUUUGUGUUUUACCUGCUAACGGAGAACGUUAAGACAGGCCAAGGCUUAAAAUUCAACGUCGUGGGGUACUUUUCAAAGGAGAAGUUGAACACAACCGAUUAUAACCUGAGUUGCAUUCUGGUGCUUCCGACGCACCAGCGGUUAGGUUAUGGCCAUCUAUUAAUGGACUUUUCGUACCUGCUAUCUCGAAGAGAGUUCAAAUGGGGCACCCCAGAGAAGCCGCUUAGCGAUCUCGGGCUGCUCUCAUACCGGAACUAUUGGAAGAUCAAGAUGGCACAAGUCCUGCGAAGCUUGAAACCGAUAAUAGCGAAGUCGACUUAUUUUUGCAUUUCUUUGGAGGAUAUCGCCAAUUUGACGGGGAUGACACCAACCGAUGUCAUAUUCGGUCUGGAACAGUUGGGGUGCUUCUACAGAUACUCAUCUAUUGACGGGAGAAAAUACGCCAUAAGAAUAGACAGCUGGGAUGAGAUAGAACAUAUUUACCAGCAAUGGGAAUCCAAGGCAUACAUCACUUUGGACCCAGAUAAGCUGAUCUGGCGCCCGCUAAUCUUCGGACCCUCCUGUGGGAUAAACGCUGUAGGAACCAUGGUGGAAACUAGCACAGGCGCACACAGAAAUACUGGUGCUGUGGGCUCCAGUCAAGGGACCGAUUUAUUCAAGAACAGUAUAUCUGUUUUGGUUAACUUUAUGCAUGAUGAUAUUUCAGAUUCCAGGACCAUGGAAAAAAUGGCAUGGGACAAAAUUGUAGCACAACAGAAGAAUGCGCGUGAGGUCCAGAAGGAUGCAACAGAUCCUGCCAUUCUGGAGUUGGCGUACGUGCACCCUUCUUUCACAAAUGGCAGCACAGCGGAAUAUGGGGUCAAACCUGUAAGAAGAAACCCGCCUGCGAUUCGCGAAACCCCGAAGGUAGGCUCACCUGCAACGCCGGAGGAGAGGGAUGAUAUGACACCCUUAGAGGACGUGUAUGAGGAUUCAUUUGAUCAGACACACCUCAGCGACCAGGAUGACGAAUACACGGAUCAGGGAGAAGAGGAGGACGAUGAAGAGGAGGACGAUGAAGAGGACGAUGGAAUGAAUGUCGGCCGAUUUAACAGCAACGCAUUACCCAGUAGGGCGUACUCGAGACGAAGUGCUUCAGAGCAUUCCAAUAAUCGAACAAGGUCGUCACGUCACCAGCAGUCUGUACCACAUGUGGAAUCAGACGAUGACGAAGAUCUUGAAGAACAUUGGGUGGACGCACUAGAAACUGUUUCGAGAACAAGGAGGAUAUUGCGAAACCGCACAGCUUAG